AUGUCCGCUAUUCCCGGUCUGCUCGAGAGAGACAAGGAAUAUUACAGACUUGAUCUCAGCAACAACUUACCUCCAGGAACCGAUACACCAGACCAACUCGACGAGAAUCGGAGGCAGCCCCGGCCCCCGGCUCAGCCGAAGAGACCUGUGCCAGAAUGGCCUCCCGAAGAGGAGAGGAAAGGCAAAUGGAUUUCAGCGUAUCUCGACAAGCUCGACCCGGAGACCGAGUACGACCAAAUCAUCAAAACAGCAAACUUCUUCGCCGGCACCACCUUCGCCGUCGCGCUGGGCUACUGCUCGACGUUCGUCAUGCUCACCCAACCUCCCGGCGGCGCCGCCGCAAUCCACUUCGGAGCCAGGGCCUUUAAGCGGCCCCACCGCCGAUUCUACGAGACAGCGGACCAGUUGCUCGACUGGAUCUGGUACGGCAGCGCCUCGGAGGAAACGAGACGCGGCAUUGAGGCCGUCAACAGGCUACACGGCACCAUCUGGAAGAGUACGCCGGGGGCUUUCAGCAACCCGCCCGAGGGUCAGAUGUCGGUCAUCGGAUCGGCCGUGUUCGAGACGUACCUGAGGCGGCUCGUCGGCGCGAGAAAGCGGGAGCCGCAUCCGGUCGUGGCGGCGGCGUGGCCCGCUUGGGCGGAGAGGGUGCUGGCGCAGUUUCGAACGGAGCCGGCGGACGGGGGACGGAACUUUGGGGUUAAUUUCCCCCGGACGUGGGAGGAGCUCGAGGGGUUUUAUGGGUGGUUCCAGGGACUGCCGUUUGACCAGUGGACGAACGAGGAGGACAGAGAGAAGGGACACGCCAUCGCCGAGGCCUUUGUGAUGCAGUUCAGCACGCUGUGGUUUCCCAAACAUCUGCACUGGUUCGGCCGCCAGAUGCUCCUGACGGUCCUCGCGCCCAAAGUUCGUGAACAGCAACAGCUCGGCCAUCCCAACCGUCUGGUCGAAAGCUUGAUCAAGCUUGGGCUCAAAAUCCAAUUUGACGUGAUGGACGCUCUGCCCGACCCUGUCAAGCCGGGGCUCUUUGAGGAGUACCAGGCCGUGAAGAGUUGGGGGUGGGCGAGGAUAGAUGCCGAUGUGACGCGGGAGUGGAAGCGAAAGGACCGCAUCACCGACGUGUGUCUGAUGGUUGUUCUCCUUUUAUGCGCAGUUGGGUUCUUCUGGUGUAGAUAG